UGGCUUCUUCUAGCAACUUCCACAAAUUUAAUCGAUCUUCAACAAACGGAAAAAAAAAAAAAAAAAAAAAAAAUAGAAAAAAAAAAAUGUAAAACUCGAGUCCAUACAUAGCUUAGCCAUUGAUAGCACUCUUUCUCGCCGGCUGAAGCUCAAGCUGAGAUAGAGAGAAAAAAAAAAAAAGGGAGAUUCAAGCAGCAACCAUGGCGCUUGUACCAACCACGGCCCCUACCGAUCCCCAAUUGAUAGCGGAGGUUGACAUGGGCACCGAUUCAUCUGUAAUGACUGUUCGAGCCACCGUCGUUCAGGCCUCCACCAUCUUCUAUGACACUCCCGCCACUCUAGACAAGGCUGAGAGGUUGUUGGCUGAAGCUGCUGGAUUUGGUUCCCUGCUAGUUGUAUUUCCAGAAGCCUUUGUUGGUGGUUAUCCUCGUGGAUCAAACUUUGGUGUUUCCAUUGGGAAUAGAACUCCUAAGGGGAAAGAGGAAUUUCGUAAAUAUCAUGCCGCAGCGAUUGAUGUACCUGGUCCUGAAGUUGAUCGAUUGGCAGCAAUGGCUGGAAAGUAUAGGGUUCAUUUGGUAAUGGGGGUGAUAGAGAGAGAUGGCUAUACACUGUACUGUACUGUCCUAUUUUUCGAUCCUCAAGGUCGUUACUUGGGUAAGCACAGGAAAGUGAUGCCAACUGCAUUGGAGCGAAUAAUCUGGGGCUUUGGUGAUGGAUCGACAAUUCCUGUGUUUGAAACUUCAAUUGGAAAGAUAGGUGCUGCUAUUUGUUGGGAAAACAGAAUGCCACUCCUAAGAACAGCUAUGUAUGCAAAAGGCAUUGAAAUAUAUUGUGCACCUACUGCUGAUUCUCGGGAUACAUGGCAAGCAUCAAUGACCCACAUUGCUUUGGAGGGUGGAUGUUUUGUUUUGUCAGCCAACCAGUUCUGCCGAAGAAAAGACUACCCACCUCCACCAGAAUAUGUAUUUUCUGGCACGGAAGAGGAACUGACCCCAGAUUCUGUUGUUUGUGCUGGAGGUAGUGCCAUCAUAUCACCUUCAGGCACAAUCCUAGCUGGACCCAAUUACGAUGGAGAGGCACUUAUUUCAGCAGAUCUGGAUCUUGGAGAAAUAGCACGGGCAAAAUUUGAUUUCGAUGUGGUUGGUCACUAUGCAAGGCCUGAAGUUCUUAGCUUGGUUGUGAGGGAUCAUCCUGCAAUCCCGGUUACUUUCACAUCUACAUCUACAAAAGCCGAAGAUUCUUGUAAAAAGUAGUAUGUAUUAUUCUUCCACACUUCUAUUUAGUUCCAUUAAUUGUUCUAGCCUACGUUCGUUCAUGUUUCACUGUUUCCUCCGCGUUCAAUGUUGUAUUAUAUUCAUACUAAGUAAUUCAAAACUGUGAAUAUUUCUGUUAAUUUUUAUCAGAAUUAUAUAGCAGCAAUUUAUCA